AUGUUUGUGCAAGUGGCCCUAAAGUCUAAGGACCUGUUCCACCCUGACGUGCCGAGUCCAGAGGCGCCUAUACUCAGAGAGUACAAGCACUGGAUACUAGGCAACGUGCAAGGUGGCCGCAGCUACCCACUGGUGGUAUAUCAGGGCCCGGCGCCCCCAUCCGUGUCCCCGCACCGGUACAUCGUGCUGGUGUAUCAGCAGCCAGGGUCUUUGUGCUUCGAUGAGCCCAGGAUCACUAAUCAGACUUCAAACGUGUUUCGCUACGGUUUCAGAGUGCAGUCAUUUAUUCAGAAGUAUAACUUAAGAGGACCUGUAUGCGGUACGUUCUUCUACGGUAAAGCCAAUUACUGA